CAUUUUGUAAACAGUUUUGAAAAUAUCUUCCAUACCGCACGUAGCGUUACGGUAAACACUAGACUUUACAUUAACGACAUCAUUAUUAAACGUUAACAACACCGCGGUUGAGGUGUAAUCAGUUUAAAGUGCAAUUUGUGAUGACUAUGAGUAUGCACCUAGUCAAAGGGUCUAGAUGUCCGCCUAUUGAUAAGGAUAAGAUUCGAUUGUAUUCGAAUAAGUUUUGUCCGUAUUCAGAGCGGGUACAUUUAAUUUUGGAUGCGAAAGAUAUUCCCUAUGAUGUGGUAUAUAUUAAUAUAAACAGUGUGCCAGAUUGGUAUACAAAGAAAUGCAUCACAGGAAAAGUUCCAGCAAUUGAAUUACCUGCAACAAAUGAAGUUAUUUUUGAUAGCACUAUCAUCGCCCAAUACUUAGAUGACAAAUUCCCAUCUAAACGUCUUCUACCUAAAGACAUCACAGAAAAAUACAAAGAUUUGAUGUUUAUUGAAUACUUCAGCGAAGUUAUAAGUGCAUUGAAUUCAAAUUUAAUUUCUUUCGGAAGACAUUCGAUUGAUAAAGAAGAAACAUUAAAACAAGGCCUGGAUAUGUUUGAGAAAGAAUUAGAAAAUCGUGGUGUUUUCUACGGUGGAAAACAACCCGGUUUAGUUGAUUAUUUCGUUUGGCCUUGGGUGGAAAGGUCUGAUUUAAUCAAACUAUUCCGAACAAAACUGGAUUUAAGAAAAGAAAAUUUCCAGCAUAUUAUGCAGUGGCAUAAAAACAUGAUGGAUAACCAAGCCGUAAAAAAACACAUCAUGAACAUCGAAACGCAUGCGAAGUUCCUGCAAACAUACUGUUCGGGUGUUCCACUGUAUGAUUUCUGAUGGGGGCAUUUUCGACGUUUGCUGCGUUUUAUUUAUUCGAACAUUCUUGAAAGCAUUUAUUGUCGCGCGUAGGUUGUCUACUGAGAAUGUAAACGAGGAAAAAUACAUUUAUGACAUCAGCGUA